CUAGAGGCCUGUGGAGGAAGGGGUAACCUUUGCAGACUCCCCCCCACCCACGGCCUAUAGGAGCGCCCCGAAGGGGCUACAGACAUGGAUUCCUAUGCAGACGGACCACUUUUGCCCUGCAGAUGGAGCAUUCUAAUGGGAACCAGAAAUUAAGGCUCUUCGUUUUCCAGCACACCUCUUUGCUGUCAACAGACUAGAGAACCGGCUUCCUGGCUCCCUCUCCUUCACCCCUGGUGGGAAACUGGCUUUUGAAUUUCUUUCUUUAGCAUUAGGAGGAACUAGAGCGGCACUAGGUGCCAGUUCUCAUGCCCAGGGGGAUACUGCCCUAUCAGGCCACAAGAAGAGGUCUGCAAAUUAUACCAUAACCAGUGCUGGAUUUUGGCAGAAGCUAAGGAAGAAAAAUCCAAUUUCUCUCACUGGGAACCCCUCUGCCUCCUGCUCUUUCCUAGAGGAUCAUCAGUUCGCAAGAUAGACCAGGACAGACAGUGUGGAGUAACUUGACUUGAAAAAAGGCCGUCACAGGCUGGAUGUUACUUGUGGUAUUCGAACUGAGUGAUGGAGACCUUGAGCGUGGAGGUGAACAUGUCUGUGGAGGAGGGGGCAGCAACACCCCCAGAGCUGAAAAAGGCAGAACAGAACAUGCCCAGCUGCAGAUUGUGGGCAGACCUGGAGGGAGCAAAAUCCCCACAGGUUGUACAUGUAGGGAGUAUGGAGGAGUUACAGAUGGUGGCAUCUUCAGAAUGUAUUAAAAAGGAGCCAGAGGAAGAGCUUCAAGAGCUCUGGGAAGCUCAGUGGCAGGAAUUCCUGAGGACACUUCAGGCCCCUUACUCAGGACUGGCAAACCCACAGAUGUCCAAGGAACCCACACCGUGGGAGGAUGCUAAGACUUUUCUGGCCUCCUUUGAGCAAGUGGCCUCAGCAUGUUGGUGGCCUCGGGACAAGUGGGUGGCCCUCCUCCUGCCAGCCCUCAGUGGAGAGGCCAAGCAGGCCUUCAGCAGCCUCAGUGCCCGCGACAGGGGAGACUUCGGGAAGGUGAAGGCCGCCAUCUUGCAAGGGGAGGCCCUCAUGAGGGAGAGGCAGCGCCAGCACUUCCGGCAGUUCUGCUACCAAGAAGUGGAGGGUCCAAGAGCGGUUUAUGGUAGACUCCGGGAACUUUGCUGCCAGUGGCUAAAAGCAGAGAGACACACGAAAGAUGAGAUUCUGGAGCUGCUGAUUCUGGAGCAGUUCCUGACUGUCUUACCUCAGGAAAUGCAGAGCUGGGUCAGGAAUGGUGGCCCAGAAACCUGCUCUCAGGCCGUGGUCUUGGCAGAAGAUUUCCUCUUGAAGCAGGGCACCGUGAAAUGGGAAGGAGAGUUUCAGGUGUCGCAGACUGUGGGGAUGGUGGCAGCAGCUAUGAGUUCCUCCAAGGCAGGCCAGCUUCUGUCAUCAAGCACAUGGGAAAGGCAGCUCUUCACGGAGGCCAAGCAGGAGAGGAAAGGAGGUGCAGACUCUCUGGGGGAUGGGAAGGUACAUGAGAAUGAGAUGGAGGAUCUUCAUCCGGAAAGUUCUGAGCAGGUGGCACCAAAAGAGGAGACAGUGGAAAGAGGCGACAUCUUCCAGUAUUAUGAGGAGGCAACCAGUCUUCGGGCUCAGCAAAGAUCAGAGAAGAAACCAGGAAAGGAUCCGGGGAAGAGUGCAGCUGGAACUCUUUCCUAUUGGGAAAGUGGCUCUCAGAGGGAAGGUACCACAGCUCAGCAGAAGAAGUCCCUGCAGGGCGAAGGAGAAAUACCAUGUAGGGACCCCAGAGGACACUCCAGGUGGCACUCAGGCCAUCAGAUAACCCACACUCUCAAGAAACCACAGGCAUCACUGUAUCGAGAGGAAACUCCCAGCAAAUGCCUUGUGGCAAAUGAAAGGAAUCAAUUGGGAGAGAAACCAUAUCAAUGCUCCUAUUGUGGGAGAAGCUUCUACCAUAGCUCAGGCCUUACAGCACACGAGAGAAUCCACACAGGAGUGCUUGAGAAGGAGGGGUAUAACCUUCAGCAGGAAAGACUGGAACAACUGGAGCUAAGAGAUGCAUCACUGAGACAAGGCGAGAUUUCUUGGUAUUAUGAAGAGGGGACGAGGGUUGGUGGUCAGCAGGGAAGCAAGCCAGAGAAGAGAGUGGAUGGAGUUCUCCCCAGUCGGGUCAGUAACUCUGGGUGGGAGGAGAGCAAAGCCCACCAGAGACUCCACCACUGCCACUGUGGCAGGAGCUUUAAGCACCGCUGUAACCUCAAAGCGCAUGAGCGAACCCACACAGGUGAGAAACCACACAAGUGUUCAGAUUGUGGGAGAAGUUUCGGGAAGCGUUCAACACUCCGGGCACACGUGCGGACUCACACAGGAGAGAAACCAUAUAUGUGCUCGACCUGUGGAAAAAGGUUCACCACAAGAUCAGGCCUCCUGACGCACGAGCGGAUUCACACUGGAGAAAAACCCUACAAGUGUUCAGACUGUGGGAGAAGCUUCAUCCAGAAGUCAUGUCUCCUGGCCCACGAGAUAAGUCACAAGGGAGAGAAGUCAUAUACAUGCUCCGACUGUGGGAAAAACUUUGGGCAUAGCUCAGGCCUUCGGGUACAUAGGAGAAUUCAUUCAGGAGGGAGAACUGUGGAAAAGCUCUGACUGUGAAGAAACCUCCAAACAAAUCCACAGAGGCCAGGAACCUGAUAAAAGCUUGGAAUGUUACCUGCAAGUUACAAGUUGUAGCAGAAUCAUAUGUUGUAACUCUUGCUGGACUGUACCCACUGCAAAUGGGGUAUAUCUGCACAUUUGAACUAUUCCCCCUAGAAAACCUCUCUGCCCAUAGAGAAGUAGCGUGUCGGAGUUUUAGCAUAGCCUUUUUCUUUACAUGCUAUCUUUCUAUGUGGAAAAGGGACUCCUCCCACCCCCAUUUUUUCUUAAGCAUCUCAGAGAGAAAUCAAACAUCUGUAACCCAGCAAGAGCAGUCCAACACAAUCCUACUGAUAGGCUUCCACUUAAAAACAGUGUGUUCGAAGCUGCAAACAUUCAUGCAAGAGAGAGAGAAAACCCUAAAAUGUGUUUAAGGAGAAAAAGAAAUCACUGUGAAAGCUUGCUCUUGGGGCCAAUCUAUAUGUCACAUAACAUGUAUUUUGGUAUAGUGUGUGUCAUUAAAAGCUUAAAUAGCAGCUGCAGAGGGGUGAAAUCAGGAUCAAGACUGCAGCUUUUGUGUGGGGUGGCAUUUAACACUUUCCUUUGCUUCAUGAUCACAAUGAAAAUCCCCACCACCACCACCACCACCUGAAAUUUCUAUUAGUAACAAGAGGGAAACUUCCACUGACUCUGCCCUGAUCAUACACGUGGACACCCUAGAACUAUAGAACUAGUAUGGUGUGGUGCAAGGAGGGGCAUUAGGUAGCUCAGGAGCUACUGGUAGUUUCCGGGCUUCUCUGAAGUAGCUCUCUGGGAAUUUGGGCUUGCUUUCUCCCUCCCUCCCUCCCUUCCCUUCCAGGCUGGCUGGCUGGCUGGCUGAGUACACAGUCAUGCUCGUUUUUAAUCUCUCUCUUCAAGUGAUCAGGGUUGCUUUUACUUUUUCUCCCAUUCGUUCUGUCCAGUUUUUAAUCCCACAAAGCUGCCUUUGUUGCUCCUUUCCUGUCCUGCAACAACAUUCCCUGGGAAUUCAGGGGUUUUGGUAUUAAAAUCCCAUUUUUUGUUGAUGUAAAUUUUAGGAUCGAUAUACUUUAUUACUUUAUGACCCAACAACACAGAAGAAAAAACAGUACAAAUCACAGUAAAGAUAAUGCAAGUAAUACAAAAUAUGUUAGGGUCUUCAUAAUACCAAUAACUCAGACCAGCUCAGACCUAAUCUUACAUUUGGCUGCACAGAAUUUGGCCACACACAUUGUUAUGGGUACACAACAAUCAGCUAGUAAAAAGGAUGCAUACCUAUUAUCUGUUCUAACAGAGAUAUUUAAUAAGAGUGGGGGGGAUAAGGGAGAUACAAAUAUCCCUAUAAAAUGAACAAUAUAAAAGGAUGUGCGUCACCGUCUCAAUAUGACCACAAGGACAGAUCCAGCCACAUCUGGCCACAAGGACAGAUCCGGUGAGUGAUAGGGAUUUUGUGAUACCUACCCUUCAAUACAGCCAAUGGCAGUGCAUUAAAGCGUGCAAGGGAGCAGGCCUUUCUCUGGGAUAGAGUAGUUAAACUCAUUAAGUAAUGGGCUGGUUUAGGGUAGUUUGUAAAAUUACCAAGGAAGUUUCUUGCAGAGAUUCAUGCCAAAUUGCUUUGCUUUUCAAUGUCUGCUAUAUAUUGUUUUAUAAGCCCUUUGGCAGCAUUAGGACCCAGAGGCAUUAAAAAUUGAGGAGAGAAUCUGUGCUUGCCUAGCAUAGUUUACACCAACUAGAUUCAGCCGUCAUUUAGUAUAAGCUGCCAUUCUGUGACUGUCUUCACCUCUCCAAGCUGCCAUUUUGUGACUGGUUCUGCUUCCCAAAGCUACAAUUUUUUAAUUGAUUCUAACUCCUCUUGCUGCUAUUUUGUAUUGGUAGUUCUCAGAAGCCUUAAGUCUGCCUACCUGUGGUCAGACUAGGACCUGGAAGAGCUGGGUAUGAAUCCCCACUCAGCCAUAGCAUUCACUGGGUAACCUUGGCCAGUUGUUCUCUUGUGGCCUAACCUACCUCACAGGGUUGUUGUGAGGCUCAAAUGUGUAGGGCAGAACCAUGCUCAUUAGGGUGGGAUAUAAAUAUAAUAAUUAAAUACAUAAUUUGGCCCUCCAUAAUCAUAAAAUGCAUCCUAGAAAGACUCUGACAGAAAUGUGAGCCAGAACUCCCAGCCAACCAAUCUAGCUGCUGAAAAGUGUCAUGUUAUUAUUUAUUUAUUCACUUUAAUUCAGUGUUGCCAUUGAAGGGUCUUUGUCUCAGCAGAACUGCUUAUAUUCUGAACAUUUUGCAACAUUAUGUUGACCUCUCUCUCUCUCUCAUAUGGUCUAGACUAGAGCUAGAAAAAGUGUUUGGCUUUAUUUGAAUGGUCAUAUAGUGAAUCGCAUAGGCUCUUUUGAGCUCAUUGAUAUGUGUCCUCAUAUCUAUUUAUUUUGUUAGACUGUCCCUAUUUAUAUUGUAAACACUAAUAAAUUAUUGUUUUUAAAAAAUUAA